AUGAGGCGACUUCCGAAGUCCGUCUCGUUCCUUUUUCUGUUAUUUGCAAUAGUUGAUUCGGCCCGGGUCGACGUGGAUUUGAUCAAUGAAACUAUUCGGAAUCUGCUCCACUUCAAGAGCACCGAGAAUAGUGAGUUCAGGGUAUCGGUAGAUUUAUAAAAUAACACUUUGAAACGGGAAAAUGGGAAAUGCACUGUCAGUACGGGAAUUCAAAUACACAGAUAUUGUGGCCUUCCCGAAACAGUGAAUUUUUCAGACAUCACCUCUUUCCACCGCCCAUCUCACACUCUCACCGAACAUAUGAAAGAUCUUUAUGAGGUAAACAUCCGUUCCCUUAUUCUCUUUUUAAAUUUUAUUUUUUCAGAUCUUCAUUGACGAGGACUCAAACGAGGACGGAAACCUCGUGCGUGCCAUCGAACCGGCCGUCGGGAAGCUGGAAGGACAGGAAGUUCUGGUGUUCGACGUCGAAGGAUUCGAUCCCCAGGAGUCCAUUAUGCGGGCCGAACUCCACUUCUUCCUGAGAAGACGUGACUCUUUCUCCAGAAGACGUUCCCGUCAGAUCCGUGCCAAGUCUGUCUGUGUGAAUGAGUACUGCAGACAGCAAGUGCUCAAGAAGAUCCGUGCGAGCUCCGGAGCCGAUGAGAACUCCGAGGACUUUAAGGUCGUGUGGGAUGCGACGAAGCCAGUCUUCGAUUCGUAUCACUUGGACGCCAAACAGGCGGUGUUCCGCAUCUCCCGAGAGCACGCCAAAAUGAGACCGUACGCGGAGAUGAUCAGAAAGAGCACUCCGUUUCUGGUGAUUUAUUCGAAAGUGAAUCACACUCUUGACAUGGGAUCCGUGCUGAGACAAACGGAACAGACGAAGAGAAAGAGAAGGGAUCUGGGGAACGAGGAACCGAGAGAAUACUACACCUACAAUGCGAUUCCACUGGACAGCGACGAGAGCGAGCCAGCGGUGAGACGAAAGAACGGAAAGAAGAACAGUGUGUCGGAGGAGAUGUCAUCGGAAGACGUGUGGCAGGGAUUCGGGGAGGAGACGUCGAGAGAAGAGCGCGAACGGAAAGCCAACGAGGAACUCGCCAAUGAUGUGAGAGUCGUGCUGCUCCAGAAUAAGAAUGUGAGUUUGAGUUUGAAUUUGUGGUCAAAUCUCUAGUCUUGCAUUCUUAUGAAACGGUAUCAUCUCAAUUUUAGAAAACGUUACCUUCUAGCUGCUUCAGCGGUAUUCUCACUCCCUCUACCGUAGCCCCCAACACCUCAUAAAUCGGUGUCCUCCGAAUCAACAACUGUGCCCUUGCAACUCGCCCAUAAAUCACUCUCUCACUUCCCCCCAUCCAUCCAUCCAGUUUUCUUUCUUUGCAGCGCUGUCACAAGGAAGGCACUCUGGUCAGUUUGAAGCAUUUCGGAUGGGACCGCUUCGUGAUGGAGCCGAAGACGAUCGAGACGUCGUUCUGCAAGGGAAAGUGCGCGAAACCGAUGCUCGCGAGCGGGAAGGCCUCCAACCACGCGAUGCUCCAGUCGCUGUUCGCCGCGGAGCCCGUCUGCUGUGCUCCGACCAAUCUGAAGUCGCUCAACUUCUUGUACAGGUAACAAAAACCAGUUGAAGCAGAAAAGCAUUGUUGCAUUGUUUCAGAGACGAGAAAGGACGUACAGUAAUCCGUAACUACUCGAAGAUGCUCAUCGGCGCGUGCUCUUGCCUCUAA